UGCAAACGAUGCAUGCCCUGAUCUAGCUGUGGUCUUCCAACAGCUCCUAGAGGCCUGGCUCCGCUCUGGGAAAGAGUGGGAGAGAGAGAGGGCCCUUUAUGCCUGCACUCAUCUGCUAAAGACUUACACCGAGAGACUGGAGGAUGCUAGAGAAAACUCUUCUGAGCAGUUUGGCUCCAUGAUUGGAGUGCUGGGGCCUCUCAGCUGUGACUCCCUGGCCACAUCACGCCAGCGGGCAGUCGACUGUAUCAGCUGCCUUCUCUCAACACAAGGCAAGGUUAUGCACACAAGGGAAGUGGAUCUGAAUCACUUCUGUGAGGAGCUAGUGGCUGCAGAUGUGGAUUCGCUGCUGAGGACCUCUUCCAAAAUCGCAAAGGUUGCAUGCAAAUCCUUUUGCUCAGAGCAGGCAAGAGGCUUUCUGAAGGCUGUCCUGGGCAGCAUGCUGUCCUUCAGCCCCACUUGUGCUAGGGCAGCAGGCGAGUGGAUGCUCAUCUUCCUGAAGGAAUGUGGAAGAGAAAUGUUGCUGGAGGUGCCAGAAAUCCUGACAAUCCUUUACGAUCAUCUGCCAGCUGCUCAGCAGGGCAGCCUGAAGGAGUUCCUCUUUGAGGCAGUGUCUGUCCUGGGCUGCUAUCACCCUGAGGCAGUAACCAACAGCCUCCUCCAGAGACACCUGCCCAUGGACAGUGAUACCGUGGAGCUGUGGAGGACUCUUGGCAGAGGCAUCUUUGCAAUUGAAAUGCUCCAGUUGCUAAUGGGCAAACUGGAGAGCGCUGAAGACACCCCCGCCAGAAGCAACUGCCUCGAUGAGGAAGGGAGCGACAAUCUGGCUGCGCUGGAGCCUCUCAUGGUAACCUGUGCCCUCCGUGAGCUGGUGUAUUCCCUGGAGCCCCGGGAAAGUGUGUCUCUCCUGCUGCCACGGCUGUUUCCAAUGCUGCUGAAACAAAUCAGCAACACUCUUGGAAAGGAGCUGCCUUCAUCUGCAGGAAGAGUUGAAGACGAGCCAGUCCUUGUGGCAAGUGGUGAAGGCAGCAGUCCUUGCAGGCUUUCCAUCAAAGCAUUAGAUACUGUGCUCUGCAAGUGCAUCAGUGAGAAAUGGAUGGGGAUUCUCCGGAAGCAGAACACAUGGGCUUUUCUUGAAAAUCCCCGGACAUACCAUGAGGGCAUGUGUCUGCUGACUAGUGUUCUCCUCCAAACUGAUGUGGUCACGCUGACCACCAUACGUGCUGUCUUGCCAUGGCUGGACUCGCCAUCAGCAAACCUGAGGAUCAUGGCAGCAUCUUUCUUUGCUGAGCUGAUGAAGGCGCCAGUGCUUCAGAAAUGGAAGCUGCUUCAGCCUGUCCACCGUGCAUUGGUGGACAAAUCCCUGGAUGCCAGCAGCACUGUGCGCCGGAUGGCAGUGAGGGGCCUGGGCAAUCUGGCCAGUGGAGCACCUGAGAAGCUGAGAAAGCACAAGAAGGCCAUUCUGAAGGCGUUAAUGAGGGCCAUCAAGGACGUCACCUCUUCUGAGAUCGUGGGCGAGAGUUUGUCAGCUCUGGCGAAAGUGGUGGCAGAGCUGGGAGAGAAGGACAUUGGAGUCACCUUUAAAGAAAUCGCCCUUUAUACCAAGACUUUCUUUGAUGUCGUAAGUGAACGAGCAGUAGCAUCUACCCUGGAAAGGAGGGCUUGCGCCUUGGACUGCCUCUUCCUCUCCAUGGCCUCUACAGUCUGGAAGACUUGCUUAGAUGCUCCUCGCAAAUGGCAGGAGUUCACCUGCUCUGACAUGAGAGGUGCCCAUGCUGUGGUAUGA